AUGUUCUCAGCUGCAUGUUUUGUGCGCCGUUAUGUACCUUCUCGUAGGUGCUUUUCUACAUCCUUAAAGCAUUUUCACAAGGUAGCAGUUUUAGGUGCUAGUGGAGGAAUCGGUCAGCCCUUGUCUCUUCUACUGAAACAGUCUCCAUUGGUCACUCAACUGUCCCUUUACGAUAUCGCCCACGUUAGAGGCGUUGCAGCGGAUCUGAGCCACAUUGAAACCCCAGCUCGCGUGACCGCUCAUCAAGAUACCAGUGAAAUACAAGAAUGUCUCAAAGGAUCCGAGAUCGUUGUCAUACCUGCUGGCGUUCCUCGUAAACCAGGAAUGACGCGUGACGAUCUCUUCAACACGAAUGCGUCCAUUGUUGCACAGUUAGUCCAAGCAUGCGCUUUGAACUGUCCGAAGGCGAUGAUAUGUAUCAUCACGAAUCCGGUGAACAGCACUGUGCCAAUAGCUGCUGAAGUUUUGAAACAUUAUGGUGUGUUCGACCCGAAACGCCUCUUCGGUGUUACUACCCUUGAUGUUGUUCGUUCCAAUACUUUCAUUGCUGAGGCUAAGGGCUUAGAUGUUCGCAAAGUGUCUUGUCCCGUAAUCGGCGGCCAUUCUGGCAUCACCAUCCUACCGGUCUUUUCGCAGUGUUCUCCCUCAGUGUCCUUCCCGCAGAACGAGCGAGAGAAGCUGACGACACGAAUUCAAAACGCAGGCACUGAAGUCGUAGAGGCUAAAGCCGGAGCCGGUUCUGCCACUCUAAGCAUGGCUUACUCUGGUGUUCGUUUCGUCACCUCUUUGAUGGAGGCUAUGAAUGGACGUGCCGGUGUUGUUGAAUGCGCUUUUGUACGAAGCGACGUGUCCGAUUGUGAAUUCUUCGCCGAACCAGUAACAUUGGGAGCUAAUGGCGUUGAACGCAACAUGGGUAUUGGGAAGUUGAACGAUUUUGAAGUAAACAUGCUGAAUCAAGUUCUUCCAGAGCUGAAGAAAAAUAUCAAAAAGGGCAAGGAGUUUGGUUCAUCGUUUUUGAAGAAUUAA